AUGUAUGUCAAGCAGAUUAUCAUCCAGGGCUUCAAGAGCUACAAGGACCAGACAGUCAUCGAGCCCUUUUCGCCUAAGCACAAUGUGAUUGUUGGACGAAAUGGUUCCGGCAAGAGUAACUUUUUCGCGGCAAUUCGUUUCGUCCUCAGCGAUGCAUACACUCACCUUGGCCGAGAGGAGCGACAGGCCCUUCUUCACGAAGGUUCAGGCUCAGCUGUGAUGUCAGCCUAUGUUGAGAUUAUUUUCGACAACUCCGAUGAUCGAUUCCCUACUGGCAAGCCCGAAUUGGUUCUUCGUCGUACUAUUGGAAUCAAAAAAGAUGAAUACACCCUCGACCGCAAGAAUGCAACCAAGAACGACGUCAUGAAUUUGCUUGAAUCGGCCGGUUUCUCUCGCUCCAACCCAUACUACAUUGUCCCUCAAGGCCGAGUGACCGCAUUAACCAACAUGAAGGACUCGGAACGGUUGGUACUUCUCAAGGAGGUAGCUGGUACCCAAGUUUACGAAGCCCGCCGCGCGGAGUCCCUCAAGAUUAUGCACGACACGAACAGCAAACGCACAAAGAUCGAUGAACUCUUGGACUUCAUCAACGAACGUUUGGCCGAGCUUGAAGAAGAAAAAGAUGAGCUUCGAACCUACCAAGAGAAGGAUAAGGAGCGUCGUUGCCUUGAAUACACAAUUUAUUCCCGCGAGCAGCACGAGAUUGCCAAUGUGCUGGACAGUUUAGAGGAACAGCGCCAAACUGGUGUCGAAGAUGCAGACAACAACCGAGAACAAUUCAUUGAUGGCGAAAAAGCCAUGGCACAGAUUGAGGCUGAGAUUGCCGAGUGCCGUCAGCAGAUUGAGUUCUUGAAGGUUGACAAGUCUCAACUUGAAGAUGAGCGCCGAGAGGCGUCUAAGACCUUGGCCCAGAUUGAACUGCAGGCUAAGUCUCUUGCUGACAAUCAGGCCGCUGCUCAGGCCCUGAAGUCUCGCCACGACAAUGAUCUGAAUGGUGUGCAGACGGCCAUUCAGGAACGCGAGGCAGAGCUCCAGACGAUUUUGCCGGAGUUCAACGCCUCAAAAGACCAGGAAGACACGAUCAAGUCUCAGCUGAACGAUGCAGAGACAUCGCGUCAACGUUUGUACGCUAAGCAGGGUCGCAACUCGCGGUUUAAAAACAAGUCGGAACGAGACAAGUGGCUUCAAAUGGAGGUUCGAGAGAGCAAUCGAUCCAUCGUCAAUGUGCAAGGUGUGGUAGCAACGACUCAGGAAGAUAUCACGGAGCUCGAGAAGGAGAUUGCUUCUCUUGAGCCCGAAACAGAGCGCCUACGCCAGCAAAUUGAUGGACGCGGCGAUACCAUGCACUCAUUCGAUGAGCAAGUUCAAACCGUUAAGGAUGAGAGAGAUCAGUUAAUUGAUCAACGAAAAGAACUUUGGAGAGAAGAAGCAAAGCUGGACUCUGUUAUGUCUACUGCGAAUCAAGAAAGGGAUCGCGCUGAGCGCAGCCUAUCGCAAAUGAUGGAUCAAAACACUAGCCGCGGUAUUGCUGCUGUGCAGAGGAUCAAGCGCGAUCACAAUCUGGAAGGUGUGUACGGUACUCUGGCGGAGCUGCUCGAGGUUAGCGACAGAUACCGAACUGCCGUGGAAGUUACAGCUGGCCAGAGUCUAUUCCAUUACGUUGUUGAUACCGAUGAAACUGCCACCACAGUGUUGGAGAUAUUGCAGAAGGAAAAGGCCGGUCGUGUGACCUUCAUGCCAUUGAACCGACUGCGCUCCCGUCCUUCGAACAUACCUCGUGCUAGUGAUACGAUUCCCAUGAUUGACAAGAUUCAAUUCGAUCCGUCAUACGAACGAGCAUUCCAGCAUGUUUUUGGCAAGACGAUCAUCUGUCCUAAUCUCCAGGUGGCCUCUCAAUAUGCUCGUAGCCAUGGUGUCAAUGCUAUUACACCAGAGGGUGACAGAUCAGACAAGCGCGGUGCCCUGACUGGUGGUUACCACGACUCCCGUCAAUCCAGACUGGACGCUGUGAAGAACGUCACCAAAUGGAGAGAUGAAUGUGAGACCAAGAAAAGUCGUGGCGCUGAGAUUCGUAAGGAGUUGGAAGUGCUGGACCAGCGGAUCACCCGGGUUGUUGGUGAGUUGCAGAAACUCGACCAGCGACGACACCAAGUGCAGAACAGCAGUGGCCCAUUGCGUCAAGAAUUGCGCAGCAAACGGGAUCUCUUGCAAAACAAGAACGACGGUCUUGAUGCCAAGCGUCGUGCUCUUCGCAAUGUCGAGGCUAACUUGACCGCUUUGAAUGACCAAGUCAACGCAUUCCAGGCUGAGCUCUCCUCUCCAUUCCAGAAAUCCCUCACUGACGAUGAGGAGGCCCGCUUGGAGAGUUUGAGUGUGUCUGUAAAAGAGCUGCGGCGACAGUACCAAGAAAUUGCACGCACUCGUAGUGACUUGGAGGCUCGCAAGUCUGUCCUGGAAGUCGAACUCCGUGAGAAUCUCAACCCUCGUCUGGACCAGCUUCUCAACCGGGACAUUGACAUGGCCGAGGAUGAGGUGCAGGGCAAUCUGAAGGAGACCCAGCGGGAGCAGAAGCGUCUGAGCAAGGCACUUGAGAAACUGAACGUCCGCCUGGAGCAAGUCGACACAUCGAUCGAGGAGGCUAAUGGCCGGGUUGGCGAACUGCAGCAACGCAAUGCUGAGACUCGCCGGGAACUUGAUGACCUGGCCCGAUCGAUUGAGAAGUACCAGCGACGUAUGGAGAAGAGUAUGCAAAAGAAGGCUGCGCUCUCUAAACAGGCCGCUGAAUGUGCUGCCAAUAUUCGUGACUUGGGUGUCCUUCCAGAUGAAGCUUUCACAAAGUACAAGCAAACCGACUCGAAUGCAGUUGUCAAGAAACUCCACAAGACAAACGAGGCGCUAAAGAAAUUCUCGCACGUCAACAAGAAGGCGUUUGAACAACACAACAGCUUCACUAAGCAGCGGGAAACCCUGACUGACCGUCGCCAGGAGCUCGAUGAUUCGCAGAAGGCCAUUGAAGACUUGAUCCGUGUCCUAGAUCAGCGCAAGGAUGAAGCGAUCGAGCGAACAUUCAAACAAGUAUCUCGUGAGUUUGCCAAUGUCUUCGAAAAACUGGUUCCUGCUGGUCGUGGCCGUCUGGUUAUUCAGAGAAAGACCGACCGCACUGCACGACCCGAAGAUGAAGAGGAUUCGGAUGAUGAAGAGGCUCGUCAGAGUGUGGAGAACUACGUUGGUGUGGGUAUCAGUGUCAGCUUUAACAGCAAGCAUGAUGAUCAGCAGCGUAUUCAGCAGCUGAGUGGUGGGCAGAAGAGUCUUUGCGCUCUUGCCCUGGUUUUCGCCAUCCAGGCGUGUGACCCUGCUCCGUUUUACCUGUUUGAUGAGAUUGAUGCCAACCUAGAUGCCCAAUACCGAACUGCAGUGGCGCAGAUGCUGAAGUCGAUCUCCGACUCCACUAAUGGCCAGUUUAUCUGCACAACUUUCCGACCGGAAAUGUUGCAUGUGGCGGAGAAGUGCUAUGGUGUCAGCUUCCGACAGAAGGCUAGUACCAUUGACGUGGUUUCGCGAGAGGAGGCCUUGAAGUUUGUGGAAGAGCAGAAGAGCUGA